AUGAGUGUAUCAACUACAAAGACUUUGAGAAAUGAUUUGACUUUCCUUGGUUUUGAGAAAUAUUCAAAUUUACCGCUACUACAACUCACUCUUGUUGAUUUGGUUACAGCAUACUUUAACGCCAACUCAGUAAACUGUAUUAAUUUUGUUGACUUGUCAGAUUUGUCAUGUUUAGUGUUAUUUUUGUUGAAUAAAUUGAGCAAUUACUUAAUCAUGGUGGUCAACAAUUUAGUUUUGCUUGCUCUAAUUAGUGUUCUUCCUAGUCUAUCUUUUGGAUUUUACAUUGGAAUUGAUGCUCAUGCACAGGAAUGUUUCUUUGAAAGGGUAACAAGUGGUACUAAAAUGGGUUUAAUGUUUGAAGUAGUUGAAGGUGGAUUCCUUGAUAUCGAUGUUAAAAUCACCGGUCCUGAUAAUAAAGUUGUCCACCAAGAAGAGAGAGUUUCAUCUGGUAAAUACACUUUUGCAGCCCAUAUGGAUGGCGUCUAUCAUUACUGCUUCAGCAAUGCCAUGUCUACUAUGACUCCUAAGGCUGUUAUGUUUUCUUUGGAUAUUGGUGAAGCACCGAAACCAGAGACACCAGACAAUGAUACCUCACACAAUAAAUUGGAGGAUAUGAUUAAAGAACUUUCAUCUGCUUUAAUAAGCGUUAAACAUGAACAAGAAUAUAUGGCUGUUAGAGAUAGGAUUCAUAGAUCAAUCAAUGAAUCAACUAAUUCAAGGGUUGUUUUGUGGGCCUUUUUCGAAGCAAUAGUUCUAUCUGCUAUGACUUUAGGACAAGUAUUUUACCUCAAACGAUUCUUCGAGGUAAGAAGGGUGGUUUAAAAUUUUUUUUCUAAUAAAAACGUGUUCCACGGUAUCUAAGAUCUUAUUUUCAAUUUUUACUCAUCAAUGCAUUAAAAGUAUUUAAAUUUGAAAAAUAAAA